AUGCGCGGCGUCCGGCUCCUGGCCUGGACUCCGGGCCUCAGCCCUCAGUCCGUUCUCAGACCUGAGAGCGCGGGUACCUAUGGCAUUUCUUCACAAAUAGCUUCGCAUUGCUUCAAAGCUGGCGAAUCUAUAUGUGCUAGGCGCGGAUAUUCUACUGCAUUUGGACCCUUUCGUGAAAGGACCAGUACUCACCUCCAGCACGCCCAUGUUCCCCUGUUACUUCGGCAAAUUAGUCUCCGCAAUACUCUGUCCACUUCUCACAUUAUUUCUCAGUCGCGCUCGUUCCUCUCAACUGCUCGCGUUCUCCAGCAGAAGGCGCCUCCUCAUCUCAAAUCGAACACCAGCGUUAGGCCGGAGCAUGAACAUGAAGAUGAAGAUCAAGGUUUCGAACUUUCGGAGAAGGCUGCCCAAGCUGCCCAGGUAAACCUGAGCGCUAGACUUGCUAAAGACAAUACGGCGAAUAAAAAGUCUGGAUUUGCGGAGGUGUGGCGCCUGUUUGGGAUUGCCAGGCCGGAAGCAAAGAAGCUCAGUCUCGCAUUCUUUUUCUUGCUGAUCUCUUCCGCCAUUACCAUGUCAAUUCCGAUGUCUAUUGGCAAAAUAAUGGAUACCGCUACGAAAAGCCCCGAAGAAGGCGGUGGUCAGCUGUUCGGAUUGUCCCUUCCGGUCUUCUAUGCCGCUUUGGCUGGAGUUCUUGUUGUCGGCGCAGCUGCUAACUACGGUCGAAUCAUGAUUCUUCGAAUCGUUGGCGAGCGCAUCGUGGCGAGGUCGCGUUCCCGUCUUUUCCGUCAAACUUUCAUCCAAGACGCCGAGUUCUUCGAUGCCAACCGAGUUGGAGACCUAAUUUCCCGACUUGGCUCUGAUACCAUUAUUGUGGGCAAGAGUAUUACCCAAAACUUGUCGGAUGGUUUGCGGGCUGGUGUCAGUGGUGCAGCGGGCUUUACUAUGAUGGCAUACACUAGCUUGAAGCUUUCCAGUAUCUUGUGUAUCAUUCUUCCGCCGAUCGGCCUGGUUUCUUUCUUCUACGGACGUGCGAUUCGAAACAUCAGCCGGCAGAUGCAGAAGAAUCUGGGUACACUGACCAAGAUUGCCGAAGAACGUCUUGGAAAUGUGAAGACUAGUCAGUCGUUUGCGGGCGAGAUCCUUGAGGUCAACCGCUACAACAAGCAAGUUCGGAAGGUUUUCGACAUCGGCAAACGGGAGUCUUUGAUGAAUGCAGCUUUCUUUAGUUCGACUGGUUUGAUGGGUAACAUGACCAUCAUUUGCCUGCUCUACGUUGGAGGUGGCAUGGUCUCGUCUGGGGCUCUCUCUCUGGGCGAGCUAACGUCAUUCCUGAUGUAUACCGUCUACGCUGGGUCAAGCAUGUUCGGACUCUCCAGCUUCUAUUCCGAACUCAUGAAAGGCGUGGGUGCUGCCAGUCGUUUAUUCGAACUGCAGGACAGACACCCAACCAUUCACCCCACCAAGGGUAUGAAGGUCGAGUCUGCCCGUGGCCCUAUCCGCUUCGAAAAUGUCACUUUCAGCUAUCCUACCCGGCCGGCUGUAACUAUAUUCAAGAAUCUGGACUUUGAGAUCCCACAAGGGUCCAAUGUCGCUAUUGUUGGACCUUCUGGUGGAGGGAAGUCUACGAUUGCCUCCAUCUUUAUGAAUGCAAAAUCACUUCGGAGGAAGAUCGGUGUUGUCUCGCAAGAGCCCGUUCUUUUCUCCGGCACCAUUGCCGAGAACAUCUCCUACGGUCGCCCUAAUGCCACGCGAGCAGAAAUCAUCGCUGCAGCCCGCAAGGCCAACUGCCAAUUCAUCAGCGACUUCCCGAACGGCCUCGACACACAUGUGGGAGCCCGAGGAACCCAGCUUUCGGGUGGACAAAAGCAACGUAUUGCGAUCGCACGAGCUCUCAUCAAGGAACCUGACAUCCUAAUCCUUGACGAAGCCACUUCAGCUCUUGACGCCGAAUCCGAGACUCUCGUGAACAGCGCGUUAGCCGCUUUACUUGAAGGCAACAACACUACAAUCAGCAUUGCCCACCGUCUCUCAACCAUCAAACGUUCUGACACCAUCAUCGUCCUUGGCACUGAUGGUACAGUUGCUGAACAGGGCAGCUAUGAGGAGCUUAGUUCCCGUCCUGACGGAGCUUUCACUAAACUCAUGGAGUGGCAGAUGAGCGGCGGCGAAGCUGAUAAGCCUCCUACCAGAGCAGACCAGCUUGACCAGCUCUGGGAGCUUGAAAAAGAAGCCGAGUCUGAGCCAGACGAAGUUGAGGAGGAGGAGCUAGCUGAGCAAGAUUCUCCCAAAAAGUAA